AAGCGAUGGCGGCGACAGCGGGAUCUGCUCCGACUUUCAGGAUUUGUCCUUCCCAAAGCUUGGGCAGAUGGAGGAGGAGGCUGCAAGGAAGACGAAGAUGCCGCGGGCCCCCCAGGCAGGUGAGGAAGAAAUCAGUGCCCCUUUGGCCCUGUCUUGUGGUGCAUCUGUUGAGCAGCCUCCCAGCAGGGAGAAGCCCUUCAGGUGCUUGGAAUGUGGGAAGAGCUUCAGCUGCAGCUCCAGCGUGAUCCGACACCAGCACAUCCACACUGGGGCACGGCCCUACACGUGUAGGGAAUGUGGGAAGAGGUUUCAGACCAGCUCACAUCUCCACGAGCAUGAGCAGACACACACAGGGGAGAGGCCCUUCCGCUGCACCGACUGCGGGAAGGGCUUCAAGCUGAACUCCCACCUCAUCACCCACCAGCGCAUCCACACCGGGGAGAGGCCCUUCAAGUGUGGGGAGUGUGGAAAGAGCUUCAGCGACAGCUCUUCCUUGACCAGACACCAACGGACCCACCAGUAAGAGAAGCCCCUUGAGUGCCUCGACUGCGGGAAGAGCUUUGGCCGCUGCUCCCACACCAAAUGACCCCCCUGAUGGUGAGGCAACCCCUGGAGUCCAGGGACUGUCAGUCCAUCCCUUUCCAACAGAAAGGGCCAGUCCCCUUUGCCAGGGGCAGGUUGUGCCAACAGAACCCUUCUUGGGGGUGUGUGGAGAUUCCUGCCUUGACUGGGACCCCCCCAAGGUCACUGUUGGAGGUUGAGAGCAGAGAUCUCCCCACGAGCGUUGGUCUGGGGGAGUUCCAUCCAUCUCUAAUUCAUAAUUCUUGCUUUGGUGCCAGCUUGAGUAGAAUUGCUUCAACAAUUGCUUUAGUGUAGAGCACUGUCCUAUCUUAUGCUGUCCUACUGGUAGUAUUAGUGUUUCUAUUGUGCAGUAAAUAAUUCUGAUGAAGAUCUUUUGUCUGAUCAUUUGUAACCCUAAAUAAUUCAUUUCUAUCAAUAGAUGUGAUUUGCCAUCCUUAAAGCCUGGGGGACAAAAGUGGUUCAGUCCCACCUCUGUAAUUUCUCUAAGCUGAACGUGUUGGCAAAACCCAUGGCUGAGAUUGGAUCCAGCAGCCCCCAGCACCCCACAGUCAGUUGGGAGCUCAGAGGGACCACCCCCCUUUUGUGAAUCCUCCUUUUCCCAAAGACCCCCAUGGGACUUUCAGACCUGCCAGACCACCCCCACUUUUCCACCCUUCUCCGUGUUCCUCCCACUUUUUCAUGGUCCCCUGUUAUAAUUUGCUUAAAUAUUGCAGAACGAACUUUAGAUUUUAAUAUUCCCUUGAGCAAAACUAAAACUCACACAAGUUAUCUGUUGAUACCAAAACUUGAUUUUAUUAAUUGCUAAGAGGUGCAAAAAGAAAAGAAAAGGUUGGCAACUGCUAAGAAUAUUUCUAGAAGCAGAGAAUACCACUGAAAAGUACCUUUUCCCACUGAGCUGGUCUGUAUGUGGGGGAAGAGAAGGAGUUUCUGCCUUUUUUUCUCUGUCUCUGCAGCUUUUGGAUGUUGUCUCUGUAGCUGCAGGGGGUCUGACAGCUUUAGUUCUCUGCAAUGCACCAUGUGUGGUUUCUCCGCUCACGCUCCUGUCCCAGGCCCUGCAGGGUCUCAGCUCAGCCGAAGCUUUGGGCCCUCAGAAAUAUGGUCAGGGUAGAAGGAUAAGGUAGAACUCCCACAUGUGGCAUGGUGGUCUCAGCUCUCUCCAGGCCGGCACAGUUCCAGUCUCCGGUGGCAGGCAGGCAGCAUGCGGUGGUGGAGAAAAGGUGAGGGGAGGUGGGCAGAGAUUCUCAGCUACAGUCACCAGUUCUUCUCCCUUUCCUCUCCCUCAUUUUCCAAAAUUUGUCCUCAACUUUUAUAGUGUUCAAAGGAGGUUGAACGUGGUUUCUUGGCACGUAGCCAGUUCAGAUGUUGGAGGAGAUAUCAUAAUCAUAAACAAUGGUAGGAUCUUUCGGCAGGAAAAGUGCCGUGGAAAGUCCUGGUGGGAACUUCUGGCAGAGAGCUGACAGAGAAUGUUUGAUAGGAAGUUUUUGACAGGCAGAAACAAUUUUUGGCAUUUCUGUAUUAUCUGUGUGUUACAGAUGGUUGCCAUGGUAAGCAAUGUAACUGGGAAUGCAUAAUGGUUACCAUGGUGAUGGACCCUAGUGAUGGGAAUGCGUAAUAGUUGCCAUGGUAACUGACCAUAGCAAUGGGAUAAUGUGAUGGUUGCCAUGGUAAACGACUUCACAAUCAGGAUGCAUAAUGGUUGCAUCGGUGUUAACCGACCCCAGCAAUGUCAAUGCUCAAUGGUUGCCAUAGUAACCCACGUAACUGUGAAUGCCUGUCUGUGUAGGUGAGCACAGUUUAUUAAUAGGAAGCAACCGAGAAAGCAAACAUUUUAUAUCCUUUUUUUUUGUAUCCCUUUAAUUCCUUUUUACUAACUAAUGCUGUACUAAAAGCUGUUCUUAGUAUUGUGUGAAUGCCAACUGAUAAAGUAGUGGUUUUGUAUUUUUCAACUUUUGAUC